CCACACCUUCAGCCGUUCGCCUUCCCGCCUUCAGCAUGGCACACGCAAAUCUCGACCGCCGGCGCGCCAACGGACCCGAGACGAUGCCGCCGCUCUUCAUGCCUGCCGCACCCAUCGCGCCGCGCAGCCGUGCUCCCACUGCGGCGCGUCCACUCUUCAUCAAGUCCGCGCUCAUCCCGCAGGCAAACGGCUCGGCCUACCUCGAGGCCGGCGGCCUCAAGCUCGCCGCCGCCGUGUAUGGCCCACGCCAGGCGCGGCAGAAGGCGUACAGCCAGAAGGCAGACGUGGUGUGCGAGGUGCGCGUGGCGCCCUUUGCUAUUGCUGGGCAGCGGAGGCGGCCUGGAAAGGACGUCGAGUCGCCAUCGCUAUCUCUCGCUCUCCGCUCUGCUCUGCUUCCCUCUUUGCGGCUACGGCUGCUCCCAAAGGCCAGCGUCGACAUCUACGUGACGAUCCUCGAGGCCGAUGCCGGCUCGAUGUUGCUGGCACAGGCAGGCGCCGAAGGUGCUGCUGCAGGCGCCAGCGACAUUGACGAUGCACUGCUGCCUGCGGCGGCCACGGCGGCCAGUGUAGCGCUGGCAGAUGCGGGCAUUGAGAUGUGGGGCCUGGUGGUUGGUGCUUCGCUGAUACUGGACCGCAAGGGCACGAUGCUACUCGACCCGACACGCGCCGAUGCCGUGCAGGCUCGCGCCUCGGCGCGUCUCUGCAGCAUGCCUGCCCUUGGCGCCAUUACGUCGAUCGAGAUGGCGGGCGACCUGACGCCGGACGAGAGCGACGCGGCGAUCACCAUGCUGCAGCAGGCGUGCGCCGACAUGCAUCUCGUCGCCGCCCGCGCCGUCAAGACGGGCUUUGAGACACGAGAGGAGGAUGCUCGGGGUGCGCCGACGAUGAUUGACGGGAGUCAAUAGUGCUUCGCCAGCGGCUGGAGAGAGCAAUGGAUGCGUGCGCCGUU